AUGCCAGCAGAUGAUCAAUCCCAGACCGCUAUCCGCUACGACGCGACCCUCGCCGCCGACAUCGAGACGCGUUGGCAGUCCUACUGGGACGAGCAUCAGACCAACAAAGCCCCCAACCCCGGCGACCCCGAUUUCGACGCGUCUAAACCCAAGUACUACUGCCUCGACAUGUUUCCGUACCCUUCCGGCGCCGGACUCCAUGUCGGACACCCUGAGGGGUACACCGCGACGGACAUCAUCUGCCGCUACAAAAAGAUGACAGGCCACAACGUCCUCCACCCAAUGGGAUGGGACGCGUUCGGACUCCCCGCAGAGCAGUACGCGAUCCAGACCGGAGUCCACCCAGAAAUCACCACCAAACAAGCGAUCGACAACUUCCGUCGUCAGCUCAAACGCUUCGGAUUCUGCUACGACUGGUCCCGCGAGUUCGGGACCAUCGAUCCCGAAUACUACAAAUGGACACAAUGGAUCUUCCUGAAGAUCUACAACUCGUGGUUCGAUGUCGAGGCCGACAAUGGUCGUGGUCAAGCACGGCCAAUCAGCGAGCUCAUCGCCGAUCUCGAGUCCGGCGCGCGCAAAGCGAAGCUCAACCCAGACGCCGCGGAAUACACCGGCGCCGGAGACCUCCCCGACGGCACCGACGCGGGAGACUGGUCCACCCUCGAUCGCGAAACCAAAAAAGCAAUCAUCGAUUCCUACCGACUCGCAUACCUGAGCGAACAGACCGUCAACUGGUGCCCCAAGCUCGGGACCGCGCUCGCAAACGAAGAAGUCAUCGACGGCAAGUCCGAACGAGGCGGAUUCCCGGUCCACCGCAAGCCGCUCCGCCAGUGGAUGUUCCGCAUCACCGCAUACGCGGACCGCUUACUCAACGGAUUGACCGAUCUCGAUUGGCCAACCUCCACCAAAACCCAGCAAGCCGAGUGGAUCGGGAAGUCCGUCGGAGCUGAAAUCGACUUCCCCAUCCUCGGACCCGACGGCGCCGAAAUCGGAGAAGCACUCCGCGUCUUCACCACGCGUCCAGACACCAUCUUCGGCGCGACCUACAUGGUCGUCGCUCCAGAGCACCCCCUCGUCGAACUCGCCGCGGACUUCGCACCGCCGACGCUCGAUCUCAAAAAACUCAACGACUACGUCGAGUGGGCGCGCGAUCGCUCCGACAUCGAGCGCCAAGAGAACAAAGAAAAAUCAGGCGUAGAUCUGGGCAUCAAAGUCAAAAACCCAGUCACCGGCAAAGAGAUCCCUGUCUGGACCUCCGACUAUGUCCUCAUGGGCUACGGCACCGGCGCGAUCAUGGCCGUCCCCGCACAAGACCAACGCGACUGGGACUUCGCGACCGAGUUCAACCUCCCGAUCGUCCGCACCGUCCAGCCCCCAGAAGACUUCGAAGGCGAAGCGUUCACAGGCACCGGACCCGCGAUCAACUCCGAUUUCCUCAACGGACUCGAGAUCGAAGAAGCCAAAUCCACCAUCAUCGAUUGGCUCACCAAACACAAAGCCGGCGCGCCAAAGGUCAACUACAAACUCCGCGAUUGGUUGUUCUCCAGACAACGCUACUGGGGAGAACCCUUCCCCAUCGUCUUCGACGAAUGGCAGAACCACUACCCAAUCGACGAGUCGCAGCUCCCCGUCACGCUCCCGCCGCUCGCCGACUAUGCGCCCGUGGAAUCCGAAGACCCGCAACCGCUGCUCGCCAAAGCCGAGGAUUGGGUCAAUGUCACCGCCGGAGAAGUGGGGGGUGUUGACGGAUUCGACGAUGACAAACCACUCAAACGCGAAACCAACACCAUGCCCGGAUGGGCCGGCUCCUGCUGGUACUACCUGCGCUAUUGCGAUAACAAAAACGACUCCAAGCUCAUCGGAGACGAAGCGCAAGACUACUGGCUCGGAGACUCCGGCGUAGACCUCUACAUCGGAGGCAACGAACACGCCGUCCUCCACCUCCUCUACGCCCGCUUCUGGCACAUGUGCAUGCACGACCUCGGAUUUAUCAAAUCCGACGAACCCUUCCGCAAACUCUUCCACCAAGGCAUGAUCACCUCCAUGGCGUACCAACGCGCCGACAAAUCACUCGUCCCCAUCGACGAGGUCGUCAACCAAGGCACAGAAGCCGACCCAACUUAUAUCGAGACCGCGACCAACGCCCCAGUCGAGCGCAUCAUCGCCAAGAUGUCCAAGUCCCUCAAAAACGUCGUCAACCCCGACGAUGUGAUCGCCGACUACGGCGCCGACACCUUCCGCCUCUACGAGAUGUACAUGGGACCCCUCGAAGCGAGCAAGCCCUGGAAUACGCGAGACAUCGUGGGACUCCACCGAUUGCUCCAAAAAAUCUGGCGCCUCUGCACCAACGACGAUGGAUCGAUCGCGAUCACUGACAGCUCCGAUGAAGCGACGGAGAAACAACUCCACCGCCUCAUCGCCAAAGCCGGCGCGGAUAUCGAGAAGCUGUCCUUCAACACCGCGAUCGCCGCGAUCUUCGAGUUCGUCAACGCAAGCAAGUCCUUGACCCGCGACCAGCUCGACCGCUUCACGCGCGUCCUUGCGCCCUUCACGCCCCACCUCGCCGAGGAACUCUGGUCCAAGCUCGACAAUCCCCCCUCCGUCGCCCACGCCGAUUGGCCAACCUACGAAGAGUCCAUGCUUGUCGACGACGAGAUCACCAUCCCCGUACAGGUGAUGGGCAAGCUCCGCUCCAAGAUCACGAUGCCCAAGGACGCGGACAACAAAUCGAUGGAAGAAGCCGCCCUCGCCGACGAGAAGAUCGUUGCCUUCCUCGAAGGCAAGCAGAUCCGCAAAGUCAUCGUCGUCCCAGGCCGCCUCGUCAACAUCGUCGCGAACUGA